AUGCAGCGGUACGGGUGCCAAGACUUCGUCGAGGAGAUUGCUCAUCUCCAGAAGCUGGCCGAGAUGCUGCCAGACUCACCAGUCACCGAGAGCAUGGCCAACACCUUCAUGGCUAAGAUCCAGGGAUUCCAGUCCUGGUCCUCGGAGAGCAUCUGCCAAAUGCUUGCCAAGGCCGGCGAAGCUUCCAAACUGCCAGAGGCCAUGAAAGCAAAGAUUCUGGACACCAUCCAGAAUUUGUCCAUGAACACCGGCUCCCAGCUCAAGUUGGUGAACACUGGCCAGUCCGUCCAGCGGCUGUGUCCAUACUUGACCAGGCCAGACUGGGUCGCUUUGUCCACCCUCACGAGCCAAACGGACCAGCUGGAGCUCUUAGCCAAAAGACUCCGAGCCAUGGGACUGCAUUCUUUAAAAGAAUGCACCAAGUGCCAAGCGGUCGCCAUUGUCUUGAUGGUGCAAGCUUCGCAAGGCAAGCCAAGCCUUUCGGCAGCUGCCAUCAACUCGGCAGUCCAGGACUUCGGAAUCAUCUUCCAGUCCCUGCCAAGCAGCAAUUGCCCCGGCGCCAGCAGAUAUCCAGACCAUCCAUCAGAGAUGGGCCAGCUUUGGCUCUCCAAGGCCUAUGGUCCAGGCGACCAGCCAGAUCUGCAGGACCCAUGCCUGGCUCCAUUUUUGAAGAAAGUGCCUCUUCGAAGCACCCAUGCUUCAUUGGCCGGCGGCACCAGGUGCAGGUCCAAGCGGCCUCCAGCGACACCUCAGGGCUCCACCUUAAGCUUCGACCAGGAGCUGGAAAUGCUGAAGCUGCGGCAUGGCAUCCAAGCCCAAGCAGCCACACAAGGCACAGCCACUCUGCAGGGAAGCCAAGGGCCCACCGCCGCAGCAACAGCAGUGUUGCCUUGGCUGUCGCCGCGAAGCAUGGUCCAGUCCCACAGCCAGAGUGCUGCCAGCACAACUGCCCCUGGCCAGGUCUUUGGCCAGAGCACAGCAUCUGCCGCUGCUUUGCCACUUCCUCCGGCAAGCCCGCCUCCUGAAGCCACGACCAGAGUCGAAGCAGCUCCCACGGAGACGACUGCCAAGGAAGACAGUGCCAAGCAGGACGCCAAGACAUUGCAGGAGUACGAGCAGGAGCAGUUCCAGAAGCUGCUGGAUGCCAAGGCCGACAAGAAGAAGAAGGCCAAGGAGGACGGCCAGGCCGACCAGAAGCCCAAGAAACAGCAUAUGAAGCGGCCAGCAGCAGCCAUGUCUACCCGACAAAGCUCGGCGAACCAGGGCACCACCUGCAACGGCCAUGAGGCUGGCAAAGGUGCCACCGCCGCCAAAGGCGGCAGCACAAAGAUCCUCUACGGAUGUAUCCGCUGUCGUGGUAAUGUUAAGGGAUGCUCCAGUUGUUGGGACCCAAACUUUCGGGGCACCCGUCUCCACGGCCGCCAAGCUUGGAGGGAGUACAUCGAGGCCCACAAAGCCAACAAGGCCAUGAAGAAGGCUCCCAAGAAGUAG